UGCCGGAGGCGCGGAGCGGCCCCGUCCGACCCCCCCCGACCCCCGGGACCCCUCCGGGACCCCCUCCCGGACCCCCCCCCGACCCCUCCCCGACCCCUCCCCGAGCCCCCGGGCCCGGCUUCGGCCGCGGCCCCUCCCCCCCCGGGACCCGGCGCUAUGAUGCGGUUCAUGCUGCUGUUCAGCCGCCAAGGGAAGCUGAGGCUGCAGAAGUGGUACCUGGCCACGGCCGACAAGGACAAGAAGAAGAUGGUGCGGGAGCUGAUGCAGGUGGUGCUGGCCAGGAAGCCCAAGAUGUGCAGCUUCCUCGAGUGGAGGGACCUCAAGGUGGUCUACAAGAGGUACGCCAGCCUCUAUUUCUGCUGCGCCAUCGAGGGCCAGGACAACGAGCUGAUCACGCUGGAGCUCAUCCACCGCUACGUGGAGCUGCUGGACAAGUACUUCGGCAGCGUCUGUGAGCUGGACAUCAUCUUCAACUUCGAGAAGGCGUACUUCAUCCUGGACGAGUUCGUGAUGGGCGGCGAGAUCCAGGACACCUCCAAGAAAAGCGUCCUCAAGGCCAUCGAGCAGGCGGACCUGCUGCAGGAGGAGGACGAAUCCCCCCGGAGCGUCCUGGAGGAAAUGGGGCUGGCGUAGCCCCCCCCGAAACCCCCCCCAAAAUUUUUGGGGACCCCCCCGAAAUUUUGGAACCCCCCCCAAAUUUUUGGGGACCCCCAUGGGACCAAAUCCCAGCCUGGAGAAAAACGGGGGGAGGGAAGGGACGCCCCCCCCUAUGGCCCCCCCCAAAUUGUAAAUAUAUCUAUAAAGGGGGAGGGGGGGGUCCCCAAAAAUCUUUGGGGUCCCCAAAAAUCUUUGGGGUCCCCAGAUUUAUUUUGGGGGGGGGGGUUCCCCAAUUUUUUUAGGGUGGGGGUCCCCAAAUUUGGGACUUUUCCCCCCCCAAAUUUCCCAUAUUCGGAGGGGAUUCCUUUGAAGGUUCCCCCACCCCGAUUUUUUUGGGGAUCCCCCCCCUCCAAAAAAAAAUUUUUUUGGGGACCCCCCCCCCAAAUUUUUAGGGACCCCCCCCC